UGAAGGAGGGUAGUUAGACGGAUCUCUAAUCAGCUGUUUAUGUUGCAGGAGUUUAUUGGAGCUGCAUAAUCUGCGAAAUGGGGGAUGAAUCUAUUGAAUGCCUGUCUAACGACUCUGGAGAUUCAUGGGAUAUCCUGAGUAAUUCUGAAUCUGAAAUGGAGCACGAUCCUUCAAGUCAACCACAAUCAAACUGUCUUAUCGUCUGUGCCAAUUGUGGCGACUUAUUGUCUGAUGGGUUCCUGCAAUGCUUGCUGUGCAAAAAUUGCUACGUUUGUAUCAAGUGUAAAGCAAAAUCUCCUUUAGCUACAAAGUGCACAGAAUUUGGGGAACAUUCAUUUAUACCAACACUCAGGUUGUUAUCAUCUGAAGAUGUAUCCAAUUUAGAAAACUGUGAAUCAGAUAUUCUUAGUUUACCGGAAACCGAUAGCACUCCAUCAGUUCAUGAAGAUUUCACUGAUAUAGACAACUGGAUGAAAAGCAGUUCAAAUACACAGUCACUUACAUUAUCAGAUUUCAAUUCCACUAAAGAAUAUGUCGAAGUUGAAGCUAUUCCAUCUAAUCCUACUACUGAUGAACAUCAAGAUAAGAAAUGUACAACUCAACUAUCACAAGGUGACAGUUCAAUUCUACAUGCUUUAUUACAAUUUUUACGAAAUAACAAUCAAUCGACAAUAGAACCAAGUUUAUUCGACUCAAAGCUGUUACUGACAUCAAAUUUAGAGUCAUCUUUUCCAAAAACAUUUCAUCCACAUCAUACAACUGUUCAGAAUGUUUUACUAAAUAUGGAUGAUAGUUCAGCUUUUCAAUCAUGGUUCAAUUUGGGUAGUUCACUGGGGAAUACACGUCGUAAACAAGAAAGUUUAUCUUCUAAUUCUUCAUCAUCAUCAUUAUCAUCUGAACCCAGUCCUGAAAAUAUAUCACAACAUUAUGAUUCCUUUCCGUUAAUAGCAACAUCACUUGUUGGUGUAACAAGUGGUCGCUUCACAAUUUCAUCAUCAUCACCACCGUUAACAGCAACAACAAUACCAACGGCGUUAAAAAGAGAAUCACUCGUUGGAUCAUCUGGUGAUAAUAGCCCAAAUCGAUCAAGUCCCUCUUCAGAUUUCUCACCUCAAUCAUCAAUCUGUUCACUUUCAUCUUCACCAUUAGGAGCUGCUACUCAAUUCUUGAAAUCGGUUGUUAAAUAUUCUGCUGCCGCGUUGAACAAUUUCGAUUUAUUGUCAUUAGAUCAAACAGAUGAUAUACCUGUGGAUAAUUGGUCUAAACCUUUUACUUCUACUACUACUACUACCACUAAUAAUAGUAAUAAUGACAAUAAUAAUAAACAAAAUAUCCAAUGUAAUAAUUCAUCAGGUAAACAAAAUUCCUCAUUAUCACUGUCAUCAUCAGUAUCAUUAACACCAAGCUAUUUUGCAAAAUCUGUUAAUAUCAAUCAUAAUUGUAAUAUUAAUCAUCCUAUCGGUAUAAAUACUGUUGUCAACUCCACAGAUAACAAUAAUAAACGAACUAUCUGGGAUAAUGAACGUUUACGUGAAGUUAUUAAUCCUAAACCAUUACCAUCUACUAUAACUGAAACAUUUGCAUAUAAUUUACGCUAAAUUCAAUUUGUUCUUUAUGAGAGAGAGAGAGAGAGAGAGAAAACACAACAACAACAGAAUUGCUAUUUAUUUGUUUAUUUAUUUCCUCUUUUCUGUUUAUUAUUUAAACAAAAAUACACAUUUACAUACACAUAUACAUCUAUGCCUAUUUAUAAUACAUUCAAUGAAUAUUGAUUUACUUACUUACGCUUGUUACUCCCCGUGGAGGAGGAAGAGAAGGAGCAUAGGCCGUUCAUCAGCAUUCUCCCAUCCAAUUCUAAACAUUGAUAGGCUUGCAUGGAUUUGUUUGUUUACUUUACAUCAAAUAACUAUUCAAUUUAAAUUUUAAUGCACAUUUAAACACUCAUAAAUACAUAAUGUAUUUAGGUGUUACAUGUUAUCUAUAUGGUUAGGUUUUAUUUCUUGUAAUAUACAACUAAUCAUUAUGUGGUUUAUAAAUUAUAUAUAUAUAUAUAUAUAUAU